AAUAAAUGUGUAUUGGAGAUGUUGAAGAAACAUCCGAACCGUGAUGUCUGAUAAUAAAUAAAAUGAAGGAUAAAAUGCCACCGUUUCGUAGGAAAAAAUCGGGGAAGUCGUUUCCGGUGAAAGUAUGCACCUUGGACGCCGAGCUUGAGUUCAAUUUGGAGUGGCGAGCCACUGGAAGAGACUUAUUCGAUUUAGUAUGCCGAACGAUUGGACUCAGAGAGACUUGGUAUUUUGGACUACAAUAUGAAGAUGCCAAAGGGUUCAUUUCCUGGCUCAAGUUGGAUAAAAAAGGACCAAGGGAUUUCACAGCAACCAACAACACCAUUUAUGUUUCUUGCUAAAUUCUACCCAGAAGACGUAGCUGAGGAACUUGUACAAGAAGUGACUCAACACCUGUUUUUCUUGCAAGUUAAGCAAGCCAUUCUUUCCAUGGAUAUUUAUUGCCCACCAGAAGCCUCUGUUCUACUUGCAUCUUAUGCUGUUCAAGCAAAGUAUGGCGAUUACGAUGAGGUCUCAUACCGGCCAGGCAUGUUGGCCAGCGAAGAUCUUCUCCCGCAGCGGGUGAUAGAUCAGUACCAAAUGACUCCAGAAAUGUGGGAAGAUCGAAUUAAAAUUUGGUAUGCAGAUCAUCGUGGAAUGUCGCGAGACGAAGCUGAAAUGGAAUAUCUGAAGAUUGCCCAGGAUCUGGAUAUGUAUGGCGUAAAUUAUUUUCCCAUUAGCAACAAGAAAGAAACAGAUUUAUGGCUAGGUGUAACAGCGCUCGGGCUUAAUAUCUAUGAAAAAGAGAACAAACUGGCUCCUAAAACAACAUUUACUUGGUCAGAGAUCCGGCACAUCAGCUUUGACGACAAGAAGUUUGUGAUCAAACCAGUGGAGAAGUCUUCGCCCAACUUUGUCUUCUUUUCGCAGAAAGUUCGCAUGAACAAACUGGUAAAAAAACAGUCACAUGUUGGCAGCUGGGUGAAGGGCUUGGUAGCUAUAGGGGUCGACGAGCAUUGUAGUGAAAAAGCCGCACGGUUCUUAUUUGUUAAGAUUUUGGACUUGUGUAUUGGCAACCACGAUCUAUUCAUGCGACGGCGUAAACCAGACUCUAUGGAGGUACAACAAAUGAAAGCACAGGCCAAGGAAGAAAAGUCUAGGAGGCAGAUUGAAAGAAAUAAACUGGCUCGUGAAAAACAGCUUAGAGAAGCUGCGGAAAGAGAAAAAGCAGCGAUGGAACAACGUUUACUCCAGUAUCAAGAGGAAAUACGACUUGCAAAUGAAGCAUUGAGACGAUCUGAAGAAACUGCAGAUCUUCUUGCUGAAAAAAGUCGUGUUGCUGAAGAGGAAGCGAUGCUUCUAAGCCAGAAGGCGUCCGAAGCAGAACAAGAAAUAACUCGUAUACGGCUGAACAACAUGAAAACAGAAGAAGAAAAAGUACACUUAGAAAGAAAGACGCGUGAAGCGGAGUUGCUCACAGAAAGAUUGGUUCAAGAAUCGGAACGGCGAGCUGCCGAAGCUGAGAAACUCAAAGAUGAAUUACUGCGUGCUCGAAUUGCCGAAAAAGAGGCUAAAGAAAAACUACUGGAGUUCCUGAGCAGAAAUGCUUACACUUCAUCAAUCACGCCUGUGCCGAAUCUAUUCCCAUCAACACAAGUAUUACCCUCUGAACUGCAGGCUGAUCUGCAGACGUUGCAAUUGGAUGCUGAACCACUACCAGCCGAUCUAACUUCAUAUGACUUAAUUGCGGAUGGAGAUGUAGAUCAGUUGUCCCUGGAAAUUGAAAAAGAAAGAGUUGAUUACUGGGAAAAGAGCAAACAUCUCCAAGAACAGUUGCGUGAAUUACGAUCUGAGAUUGAAGUAAUGAAGGUUGGUGAAAAGCAGUGUGAGCUAGAUCAGCUCCACGAGGAGCAAGUGCGACUUGGUGAGAACAAAUACAGCACACUAAAAAAAGUGAAAUCUGGAUCUACCAAAGCCCGGGUUGCAUUUUUUGAAGAGCUUUAGGAAUCCAUUUUAUAAAUCACAUUUACAGGGAGAUUAAUUGAAGUGAUCCUGUGAAAGCACAGAUCUGAUUUAUGAAUGAUUCACUGUAAUCAUAUGUGCCUUUACAGCCUGUGGGUUGUGGCAACAUUGAGAUUCUUCCGACUGUAUAUAACUAAUAAUUGCAGAUAGCGUGUUCACUCACGUGUUCUAUUGAUAUUUGAAAAUAUUUACUUCAAACUUACACAAGGUACGGAUUGAUAUUUUCCCUGGAAUUCCGAACUUAUCAUCAUAUUUGGUCAUGGUACCUCAAUGUCGAUACGACUGACUUUGACUCCGUUUUUUCUGUAAUUUUUAUGUCAUAUUCCCUUGAGGUAUGGAAAGAAGGCACGGGGGAGAUGAAAAAAUUAUUAUUCUUGAUUACCUCGUGUGUUUGAGAAACUGAAAGUAACGAUAGAGACCUCACCUCUAUAGUUAUGCAUUAUUAUAAUACAUAGUAUUGGACAAUAGCCGAUCGAAGCAGAUGGAAUUAUAGAAAAUAGAAUAUAUUGCGUAAAUUCCCUAUCGAAAUUAUUAUGAUUCUACAAAAAUUUUGACCAUCAAUGCUGCAUAUUGAUUUUCGUAUACAAAUGUUGUAAACCGACAUAUUUAUUUCGUCACAGAAACAUUUCCACAUUAUGUUCAGCUUAAAAAUUUUAAUAUAUAUCAAACCCCGACAAAGUAUUAAUAAUUCAAGCGCUUGAAGUAGAAUGAGUUUGAUAAUUUUUGGUUUAUUUCUAGUUAAACAAGACGCCGUUUACCUUGGCAAUAAUCACUAUAUCGCCCACUGGAAAAAUAUCACGUAACAUUUCAGGCUGUGGCAUUCGUAUUUGUCGCCAUUUUUCAUCAGGUUAUCAUUCGAACUUUUGUGAUCAAUUAUAAAUUCUUAGGUUGAAAAUGAAAUUCAUAUGGUCCUGUACUAUCGCUAGCAUUGGUAGGUAGAUGUAAUACUUUUAUAAUUCAAUUACACGUACAUGUAAGCAUUUCUGAACUAAAUGCGUUUAAUAUCCCCAGUUCAAGAAACUGAUACUGACAAUGGGUAACAAUCAGCAACUGUUCAGAAUUAAUGUAAUAAUGUAAACAUUGUUAGAAAUUCAAACAUAUCAAAGGAAGUCCCCAAGAAAACAAUCACAUUGGAAACAUUAUGCGAUAUUUCAUAUUAACAGGCAACAAAUAUUGGCGCGAGCUAAUUUCAUUUUUAGUUUUAUAAAUCAUCUGAAUGAUUUAAGAAUAGAAUGCCUCUACAACUCCCCAGGAGUUGUUUUCAUAAAAUUAAGGUAUUCUAUACAAUGCUUAAGUGCUUAUUAGACAAAGCUAACAAAACAUGUUACAUAUUAUAAAUGAAAAGACUGGGGCAACAGAAUUGUCACAACAAAUACUAUGUUAAAAGGUGCCUUGUUACAUUGCUUUAGAAUGUCACAACAUUUGAAAAUUUAAAUAUCUUUCUUUUAAUCGCAUGUACACAAAUUUGAUAUACCUAGGUAUAGUAUAUGCAUCUACAUCAUUCAGUAUUUACGUACUGCAUCAUGAGUUUUAUCGUUAAUGCAGGUGUUACAAAAGUGUCCCUAUGUGGUUAUAAUGUUAAUUAAUAAUAAUUAAUAAAUCUACUUUAUAUUUUA